AUGCUCUACGAGCAGAGCCCUGAGCGCAUCAAAAGGAUGUCGAUCGCCAGACUCUGCAAAGUCUGCAAGUGCCCGGCUCUUGCCGAAUCAGCACCGAUUCGCUUUUUGGCCUUGCGCGUAGCAAUGCGACGCUACAUCUUGGUGAAAUUUCCGUGGUCCCCCGCAGAGUUCUUCUUUGUGGACACCAACAAGGUGGAUACUUACGGCAAUCCGGAUGCCGACCCGGAACACAAUAUUUGUGCUCGAUCCCACAAUCAGCCGCCUCAGCCCCUGGGAUGCAACGGCACAUCGAUGUCGAGCCCAGACACCUGCUGGAAGUUCUUUGACGACUUGUGGAAGGCGCAGAAGGACUGGCUUGCGAAGGAGCUACAGGCAUCCACUGCUGAGUGGCAGAUCAUCGUAACCCACUAUCCGCCGAACUUUGAGCCCUGCCGUUCUACCUGGGAGAGCUAUCUCGUCGAAUAUGGCGUCGACUUCUACGUCAGCGGCCACACCCACUUGCAGCACACCAACACGACUUUUGGGGAGACUGCUUUUGUGAUUUCUGGAGGUGGCGGAGGCAUCACCUCUGAAAUCCUGCCUAGCAAAACAGGGGAGGAUGAUGGGUAUGGCUUCAUGGACGUCGUCAUCCAGCACGAUGCCAUGUACAUCACCAGAUACUCUCAUGGCGGUGUGGACAAGAAGACCAUUGUCCGCGGUGUGACCAAGGUGAGCCCACGCAGCCCGAAGGCAGUUUCACAAGUCGCGAAGGUGGAGCCAGAAGUCGCGAAGGCAGUGGGAGGGGACAGCUUAGAUGCGAACAUGCUUGGUGUUGCACAGAAAACGAGAGCGGACGAGCUGCAGCUGCAGGGCCGGCUAGACAUUUUUGUUGAUAGCGUGUUUGAACACCGAGGACGAAUCGAAGAUACUGCGUCGAUCCCGGCAGCAGAGGUGACAUUUGAUGGCAGCACCUCCACUGAAGUCCCACAUCUGUCCCAGACAGCGGGCCGUGCCUGUUGCAUUCCUGGCAGGCCACAUAGGUGGGAGGACCUGGGCUUCGAUGGGCAGACAGCCAACGCAGCUCUCCACGGCCGAGUCUUGCAAAAGAGGUCUGCAUGCCAACGCGUGUGUCGAUCGUGGGCCAGCACGGAGAGCCCCCCAAGAUUGCGCGCGCGGAGAAGAGACCUUCACAGCUCGGAUCUCCAGGGACAGGCAGCUGCAGCCCUUGCGGUACCCUCCGCCCUACUUCGCCAGUGGAAGAGGGCCGACGGUUGCAAGGAAGUGGCCCUUGCUCCGCGGCUUCACCGAGCAGCCGCACUGCUGCCUGCAACGAAGCACAGCAGCUGCGCGGAGAGGUGUUGGAGCUCCGUGCCUUGCUACAGCGCAGCAAGGCGGCCCAUGUCGAGGAGGCCUCCCGCCUUCAGCUCCAGAUGCAGGAUCUGGAGGCGGCGUUGCGCCACGAACAUGGCCUGCGAGAGGACGCCGAGCGCGGCGAGAGAGUGGCGAACUCUGAAAGAGAUGAGCUGCAGCAUGACCUGGACAUACUCCAGCAUCAGCUGCAAGUCCUGCGAUCCGGCAUCCCGGGAGCGGAUCCUUCCGAAGGAAGGAGCUCACCCCGACGCCGGCGACCAGGAGAUGACCUGCGAGCGCUGGGCAACGAGAUCCUGCAAGUACGCCAAGACAGCCAGGCAGGUGGGGCUGCUCCAGACAGGGGUCCUCGGACACGACUCGCACGAGCUGCAGCUAUCCACCGAAACUGCGACCAUGCGCCGCCUUGAACAGAGGUGCCGCUUUCUGGAGCACGGCGCAGAGGCUGCUGAGGCAGAGUUGACGACUACAUCCCAGCAGCUCGUGGCCUUGGAGGCAGCCCGGAAGAAGCUGGAGAGGGACCUCGCCUGCCAACAGGAGGCCGGGAGACAGGCCGAGGCUCAAAGAGAAGCCGCCGCCGAGGAUGACGCCCAGACCAAAGACGAGCUGGAGCAGAAUCUUUUUCAUACGAAGCGGGAGCUGACAUCCCUGAAGUGGCAGUAUGAUCAGCUUGUGGCAGACCGCGACCAGUCCUUGCAGAAGGCGGCCAAUGUGGAAGCUGCUCUCAAGUCUGCAGACCUCCGACAGGCAGUGGAGUCUGCCUGCUGUUGGACUGAGCAAGACGCUGCCAAGGCGGCGGAAGCGCGGGCGACGGGCUUCGAGGAGCAGGCGGCAAACUUGCGGCACACCGUCUACCGCCUUGAGAGCGAGCUGGGCCAUCAAAGGGCUAUUGCCAUGGUCCCUCGAGAGGUUCGGGUUGGAGCUCCUUCGCCAGGGCUCUGGGGCCUGUCCGGAAAGCUGGCGCAGGUGCUUGCGCUGCUGGACGCCUCGAGCCUGGAGGAAGGGCUCCGGCGACUGCGUGCAGAGUGCGAAGACCUGAAGGCUGGCCUGCCCUCCCGACCCGGGCAUGGGACAGUCAAUCCAGUGGACCUGGAGUUUGCAGACAUCCACCUGCGAAAGCAGUAUGCGGCAGCUGAAAGCAAGGUGGCUCAGCUGCAAGAUGCCGUGGCCUUCCUGACGCAACGCGCUGCGAUUGGAUCUGCUGAAGCAAAGGCUGGCAAGGCCCAUGACAUGCUGAAAAAGGAUCUUCAUCGGUACGAGGAUCUGGAACAGCGCCUAAGGCACGUGCAGGACAAGUCCAAGCUGAGCGAGCUGGAAAUGCUGAUGCAGGGCAUCGAGACCGAGCAGGAGGCUCUGCAUGGCCAUCUGGAAGCCAGCCAAGCCCGAGCUGUGAACCUGGAGAGCCAGGUCGUGCAGGAGGAGAUCGAGAAUCGCCGUCUUCGAAGCGAGAUGCUUGCUUCACAGACGCAGGCUCAGAAGCUCCAGCGCCAGUCUCAACGAUUGGACUUGGAGUUGUCAGAAGUCGGCUCUGACCGAAAUGCGCUCGCCGCCGAGCUCCCAGCUGCGUGCAUGGAGCUUCGUGCCGAGGCAGCUGCUGCAGAGCGCAGCUCUGAGGCCGAGAUCCAGGUGCUCAUGAGGCAGCUGCAGCAAGAGGCGACGACUGCUGCGUCAUCGGCUGCAUCCCUGGCAGGAUCGAAUCUGUCCCUGGAGCGAGCACGUCGCGAAUUGCACGACCUCCGCAGCGAGCACCAGGUUGAGUUGGCCCAGUUUGCCAGUGCAAAGGUCCAGUGGCAGGCGACUUCCGAAUCCUUGGAGGCUGCGAGCAAAGAACAGAGGGAGCUGCACAGCGAGCUGAAUGCUGUGAAGCUUCGCUUCUGCAACCUGCAAGCCGAGAAUGCCGCCGAGAAGACGGAGAGCAUGUCGGCCAGGGGUGCACUGCAAGAUCUCCAGGCCCGCUUGGAUGCCAGUUUGCUCUGCGAGCGGCGCUUGAAGGUGGAGUGCACUGCUCACGGAGAAUCAGUACGGACUAUGGAGAUGACUGCGGAGGACCUCCUGAGUUCCCUCCGUGAGGCCGAGGUGCAGGUUCAGUCGGUCUCUGAGGAGCGUUUCGCCCAAACUGCUCGGGCCUUCAGCGCGAAGGCGGAAGUCGAAGACCUGCAAAAGCGCUUGGCGGACAUCCUGGAGGAGCAUGAGCGUGUCCUCGCUCAGCAGCAAGUGGAAAGAGCCCAAUCGGCUGAACUGGCACGCUUGGUGGAGGAGUGGGGCGACCAGGAGCGAGAGGUGCGGCAAGCCCAGGCGAAAUGGGCAGAGGACUCCGCGGCCCAACAUGCGCAGCUGGAAGCACAACUGGCCAAGUGCGGUGAGACGUCCGCAGCAGAGGUCAAGAAGGUGCAGCAACAGCUGGACUCCUGUCGCCAGGAAAUCAAGGCUAAGCAGAUCGAGCUGGAGACCUUAGAGGCGCAUCUUCGCACUGCAGACUCCGCCCGCAGUCACGCUGCGGAACUCUCCAGUGCCUCCGAAGCCGAUCUGACGGCUCAGAAGGAAGUUGUCAGCCGUCUCGAAACACGCCUUCUGGAGAUGGAGGAAGCUUGGGAGGAGCACUCGCAGAGGCUUGUCGCCUCUAACGCCAAGGCCCGCCACCUGGAGGAUACGUUGGGCACGAAGGAGCGCGACCUUCAACAGCAGGUGUCCAGGCAUCAGCUGGAGGAGGAGCUCUGCAGGAAGCUGACGACGGCCUGCGCCGAACUGGAGGAUGAGGCUUUCCAACAGCGCCAACAAACUGAAAGCUUGAGGAGCGAGACGGCAACACAAGAGGCGAAGAGCCUGGCGCUGGAGGCAGCUGCCGAUCGCCGUCAGGCCGAUCUGGAACAUCUGGCCCGGCUGCUGGAGGAAGCUCGUGGAGAGUGCAGCGAGCAGAGGGCGAACAUUCUCCGCAACCAGGUGGUCUCCAAGAAUGGAAACGAGACGAUUAUAUGUUGGAGCGAUGGAGAAGUUUGGUUCAAAGGUGGCUUUUCUUUGGCGAAUGCCAGUGCGCGAUAUCCCGCCAAAGAGCAGAUGCCUUGUGGUCACAAAGGCCAGAAAGUGGCCUCUGUUGCAGCCUUUGCAGCAUCCCUACUGGGGUUGGCUCACCUGGUACUCUAUGUCUUCGCGCCUGGCUCCAGGCCUUCCUGGCUGGGUCGGUCUAGGCGUCACGGUGUCGAAGCCCGCGUAGCCUUGUCCGGAUUUCUGUCAGCUCACCCGCUGGAAUUUCCCGGGCUGCUCUUGGCGAGCAGCGCCGUCACCGGUGCUUGUGAGGCAGCCGCACAGGUGAAUUGCAGCAGGAACUAUCGCAGCUUGUACAUAUCUCUUGCAAUCGCUGGCCUGUGCUAUAUCUUUGAUGAGUCAGCCGUAGCCCAGCAGAUCCGAGCCGUGGCAUCCACCGGCACCACGGGAGCUUUGUUCAUCGUGGCGUACGUGGUGCCCGAGCCCAAGUAUUCCUGCCUGGACUGGCUAAGCAACGGCAUCAGCAUCUCCGAGGCUGCGCCCAAAGAUGAGGGGGAGAGGGGGAGUGGAUAUGUGCGCAGCAUUCACGCCCGAGAGGUCUUCCUUGGCGUUCGAGCCACUCGUAAACUUGGCCUUCCGCAGCCCUGGAAAGCGGCGGAGCCCAACGGCGCGAGGCUCUUGCCGAAGCUCUAUACCAUUGCAGAGGUCAUGUGCCUGUUCGAAAUGGGCAGGUCCACCUUGUGGCGCCUUGGCCGCUUACUCCCCGUGCUCGCAGCUUUGGACGAGCUUCGCCGGAUUUCCUCCCGUCCAGAGCAGCUUAGCUCGCCCGAGGCAGCGCAGCUCAACAAGGGGGUAGGCUUUUGGGCCUGGUCUGCUUUGUUGGAAGCUGCUUUGCUCGGAGUGCUGUGUUCUUCUUGGGCUCGACACCUCGGCUACUCCGGACCAGGGGUUGCCUUCUCAGGCCUUGCCACCGCCGCCCUGGCUGCUGCUCCGGCUUGCGUCGUCUUGGCCGCAAGUUUCAUGGGCUGGUCCAGAUCGGAGUCUGCCUUGGUAGAGCUCACCAGGGCAAAGCCACAGCAGCCAUGGGAAAGACUUGGUCGCUACGACUUGCAGAAGCUUGAGGGGCUUUAUCUCGACGGCAUCACGAAGUAUUACUCCGAGUUUUACGACAGACCUUCGAGCACCGGUGCCGUCAAGAAGUUGAAUGACUGCGAGUACUAUCGAAUCAAGGUGCGCUUGGAAAGAGCAGGCUCCAAGGUUCUGCGGUAUUGCCGUGCCGAUAUUCAAAAGCUUGUCUGCCAGGCACAGGAGACACAAGAAUCUGUCGUGCCGGUGAAUGACGUGGAGGAGAAGCCGCCAGCCACAAGAGCGGCAGCGGAAGAGCAGGAAGCCUCACCAGAACCUCUUCAGAAAGACGCCUUGUGGACGGCAACAGAAUCAUCGAAGGCGGAGUCUGAGCCGAUGGCACCUUCACCGGUCGUCGAGGUCCAGGCAGCGGUCGAGGAUGUCGAGACAAACCCGGCCACUCAGGAGCCGCCUGAGACGCGGAAGGAGGCCGAGGAGGCAGAGCAGCCCAAGGGCGAGCAGCCCAAGGGCGAGCAGCCCGAGGAAGAGCCCAACGAUGAGGAAUUCAAGGAUGGUUCGAAGAUGGAGUCCAAAGAGCAGUCCGAGGCAGGUACGAAAAAGGUAAGCGACACAUUGCAGGCCCUUCUCAUCGGCACGAGUCAGUUCUGA